GUUGUGUUCAGUUGCUUGCUGGACUAGGAAUUUAUAGCUGUACUUCUCUGGUCCCUAACACAUACAUGGGUUGUGUGACUUUGGGCACGACACGGCCCUUAUGUGGGGCCUGCUUGUCAUCUGUCCGCCAUCGAGUCAAACUAGACCAUCUCUGAAGGGACCCAAGUGGCUGAUGACACUCCCUCAUGCCCCUCCCCCAGGAUCCUCUGACCCCUGACCCCAGGAGAAAGGACCAGGGUGGCAAAUGUCCAGAGCCUUGGAGAUAGGCCUCAGCCCGACUGUGGAUUCUUCCCAGAGGCCUUACUCUGCUCAUACCCACACCUCACCUCACAGAUGUCUUCCAGCCAAAACUGAGACCACAUGGCCUGAAGACAAAGAGAUAUAUGUUCAUGAGAAGGAUGGGAAAGGCUGGAGGGGGGUGUGGGUUGGGUGGCAGGAGCAGGUUUUGUGGGGUCCUAUGGGCAGCCAGGGGACAGGGCAACCCAGUAUGGGGGGAAGCCAGGAGGAUCGGGGCUCUGCAAACCGACCUCUUUCUCUGUCUCCGGGUGAAUGUUCUGGGGCCUGGGGCCUGACUAUGGGGUGAGCCGGAGUUCAUUACAACCAACCACUGCCCGUUCGGGCCCCACCUCUCUGCAGGAAGCGCCUCUCCACCACACUGACCACAUCCCCCCACGUCGCCUAGGAAACCCCACUGGGCCUAGAGGAGUUGGGGCACUGUCGCCCAGCAACAGGUGGUGCCCUCCCUUCCGCCCUCAUCUGAGGCCACUGCGGCACCCUCCUCCACAGGGAGGAGAGCUCUGAACAGAGAGCCAGGAGCCCUGGGGCUGCCCCGGGGUGAGGCCCCUGCAGGUGUGGGGCCCGGCGGGCAGGGACAAGCAAGUGAGACAGAGUCGGUGGUGGCGGCAACAGGUACAGUGGGGACGCCUGAUGCCUAGCACGACAGCAAGCAAAGUGGAGCCUGGAGAGAGCAAGACCUACUUCACGGGGAGAGUCGUGAGGCUGCAGGAACAUCCAAGGUGCCAGCCUACGGCGAUGCCUUCCACUCCAGAGCAGCCCUUUGGGCACACGGGGGGCCUCCCUGUGCCAGAGAUGGGUUCGUGGCCCCCACUGCCGUGCGGACCCUGCAUCCCCAUCAUGCUGGCCCUGGCCUCCCUCGCCGCUCUCUUCCUCCUGACCACAGCCGUGUUGGCAGAACGCCUGUUCCGCCGCUCUCAGCACGCAGACCCCAGCAACCACGCGCCCACCCUGGUCUGGCGCCCCGGAGGAGAACUGUGGAUCGAGCCCAGGGGCACCCCCCGAGAGCGUUCGGAGGACUGGUACGGCUCUGCGGUCCCCCUGCUGAUGGACCGGGCCCCAGACCCUCCCACCCCGGGGGGCACCUUGGAGGCCCGGGCAACAGCCCCGCCUGCCCCUUUUGCCCCCCCCACCCCUUUAGCCCCCCUCUCCCCUCCUAGGUCCUUGGGACCCCACACCCCACCCAGGGCCCCAGCCCGCAGCACCUUCUGGGGACCCCAGGCCUUGGACGAGAGGCCCUGCGCCCCAGGCUUGGUGAGCUGGGCUGAGCCCGAACACAGGCCAGAGGCCACGGUGCACUUGGGGAGCCCCCAGGCCCAGAGGCAGCAACUAGGAAGCCCUGAUCCUGAGUGGGGCCCCCAGCCUCGGGUCACCCUGGAGCAGAUCUCCGCUUUCUGGAGGCGCGAAAGUCGGACCAGUGUGGGGUUCUGAAUCCCCAAGGCCUGGGGUAUUGGCCUCCCAAAGACCCCUGAGUUAGGCCCUAUCUCAGAGUCUCUCUGAGGCCUUAAGGACCUGAAGCUCUAGCUCAGGAACCCAAGCUGAUACCCGGGGCCCCAGGAAGAAUGCCCCCCAACGCGCUGCCGGCCUUUUACAUCUGGAUUUCAAUUCCCUGGAUCCGGGGCCCCGCCCUGGACAGGCUCCGUGUGGACAGAACUGAUGCUCCAGGGGAAGCUCAGAAGUGCUCCCUCUGGCUGCCUGGGCCUGCAGCCUGCUGUGAGCAGCACGGAGAACUGGGGGGGCGGGGGGGGGGCAGACUCUGGGCCAGAAGCCACCGAAAUCACGUUGCAGAUUCAGAUCUCAAGGUACCAAAGAGGCAGAAAAUAGCAUCAUCACGAGGCUUCCACCUUCCUUCCUUGUGCACCUAAGAUGCCGGGACCGGAGUGCAGGAGUCCCAUGGAUGCCAAAGAACAGGCUGAGUGUGGGUGACGAGGGUCUGUCCCACCAGCAGGAGAGGACAGGAAGCCAGCCUCCUGGAGCCACAGAUCACACCUCCAGAAACACACACACAGAGGUCAAGACCAGGCAAAGGAACGUCUUAUUACAGCUCAACUGUGGCUUUGACUCCCAUCUUGCAACAGGGACUUGGUCAGCCAAACUGGAGAGGUCCCUUCCUUCCUACAGCUGGGACUUUGCAUCAAGGGCAAUCAGCAGGCAGCCCUCCGACUCUCACCCCUCCAGGGUGAGGGAGGCCAGCGGAAAGGAACCCUGCCCGAGGACAGAGCAGCUCCUAAUACGAGGCCACUAGCUACCCUCCCUCCCAGCUCGCUGAAUCAGUCCAGAGAGACAGAUCUGCCCCACGGCAGGCUUAUUUAAAAGUCUCCACCCUGGAGAAAUGGAGCCCAGAGAUGUCCUUGGCCCUAAAGUCAUCUCUCUGAGCUGACCUCCUCUCUGGGAUCAGAGCCAGGAGCUGGAGAGAGGGGAAGGAGUUUCCAUUCCCAAGGGGUCCGAUUUCCCCAGCUUCAGUCAUGGACGGUUGGGAUUUUUGUCCAAUCGCUUUACCACCUGUCCUAUUAUUUACUUUAUGUUUUUCUUUAAGAUGACUUACUAUUUGCUUAAUAAAUUUAUUUUGAAAGGAA